CCCUCAAUAGCCCCUCAUGUCAUGUGACAGCACGUUAAUGUCGCGUGCAUUUGUCGAGCGCAAUCUGCUCCACGACGCGUCAAUCAUCGUCUACAGGUCUCCGCACGCGAACAACAUGAACUUUAGCAGCGGCAUUAAACUGUGACGGCACUUCAUAUCCUUGUCCGAAGAUUUGAAAUCACGCUCUGAGCAUCGGCUGGCAAUGCCCUGACAGCACGUGCAAACAUGCCGUUGGCCUUUGCCGCGGUUUGCGAACUGCUCGACGAAUGCCACAGUCUCUGCAUCUCAGAGCGGCCGUUGAAGCAGACCGUGGAGUCAUGGUUCGCCCACAAUCGCUCACGUGUUGAUGCACACGAUACUGAUAUCGUCGCUCUCCUGUCCACACUGUUGCCGGAAAAACGACCGGAUCGAGUCUACUUCAUCCAAGCUGGGUCGUUGGAGAAGAUUAUCGGGCGGGGCUUGGCCCUGGGCGCUUCUCGAAUCCGAGACUUGACGAGGUAUCGGCAAAGCGGAAGCAACACCGAUUUGGCUGGUUGUGUAGAGAGUAUUCUGAAGUCGACGCCCUCACAACUGAGCCCCAAUCAUCGUGUUACCGUGGAAGAAAUUGAUGCUCUCCUCAACGGUCUUGCUGCCAGGAUUAAGUUUAGUUCUCCGGCUAUUCGUGCCACACUGGGGCCGCUAAACAACCGAGAUCGAAGCGAUCUGCAGAAUGUGUAUCGUCGUCUGUCGGCCACUGAAGCCAAAUGGCUCACGCGCAUGGUCCUGAAAGACUUUGCGCCUCUCAGUCUGGACGAGAAUCUGAUUUUCCGACUUGUGGACCCAUGUCUCCCAUCUGUUUUAAAGGUCCGGCAGGAUUUUGCAUGUGCUACCCAAACGGUCCAGUCGAUUCGGACAAGCCUGUUGCCGAACUCGUCUGGAAAAGAUGUCAUCUGGAGGCAGCUGCGUGUGAAGCUGAAGCCACAGCUUGGUGUCAAGGUGGGCCGACAACAUUGGUCCCAAGCGAGAAGUAUCAAACAUUGUCUAUCACAGGGCUCCGGUCGGAUGAGUGUGGAAGACAAGAUUGACGGGGAGUAUUGCCAGAUUCACGUGGAUUUGACAAAGGGACCGGCUUGUGUGCAAAUAUUCUCCAAAAGCGGCAAAGACAGCACAGAGGAUCGAAGAGGGCUGCAUCCCAUUGUGCAGAGUUCCCUGAAGAUCGGCACUGGAGAUUGCACUAUCACCAGAGGAUGCAUACUAGAGGGGGAGCUUGUAGUAUACAGCGACCUGGAGAAAAAAAUUCUGCCCUUUCACAAAAUUCGCAACCAUGUCACCCGCAGAGGCCUGUACCUGGGAACGGACCACGACUCACCGCCGAGACGUCAUGAUCAUCUUAUGAUCAUUUACUACGACAUCCUGCUACUCGACGAUGAAUCACUGCUCCAUGUUCGCCAUUCGGAGCGAAUUAAACUUCUCGAGAGCCUCAUCAAACACCGUGCCGGCUGGGCUGAGACAGUGAAGAGGCGGGUGAUUGACUUUGGCACGCAUCGUGCCGCUUCCGAUCUCCGGAAUGUAUUUGCAGAAAUCAUCACAUCAAAGCAAGAAGGUUUAGUCAUUAAACCAGACGAGCCCUACUUUGACCUCAGCGUGCCAGGACGUCCGAGGAGCGGCCGAUGUAUCAAGCUGAAGAAGGAGUACAUUGGAGGCAUGGGCGAUAUUGGCGACUUUGCGGUCGUGGGCGCUGGCUACGACGCCGUGAAAGCAAUGGCCUACCGCAUACCCAAUCUCAGGUGGACGCAUUUCUUUUUUGGAAACCUGAGUAAUAAGACAGACGUGCAGAAGCACGGAGCGAAACCGAGAUUCACUGUCAUCGGCAUGGUGGAACUCGAUCAGACCCUCCUGACAUCCGUCUUGGAGUUUGGGAGGUCCGGAGCAGUCACUCAAGAAGAGAACACGCAGAUCAUUGUGGACAUGGUACGCGGCAUUAGCAAGCGGCCUGAGAUGAGUGUAAUCUUCACCUCACCAAUGGUCUUUGACAUGAGAUGUUUCAGCUUUGUCAAAAACGGUACCUCUGGACUCUGGAUGCCGCGUUUCCCUGUUGUCUCCAAAGUCCACUUUGACAGAGACUACAUGGACACCAUUACGUUUCAGGAGUUACAGGACAUUGGUCAAGACGCCGUGAAUGUUGAAGAGCAGGUGGACAGCCAGGAAAACCUACAAUGGAUUGCAAAGCUCGAGGCUGCCGAUCCUCGAGGCGUAGCUGUCGACGCAGUCAGUCAGCAGACACGGACAACUAUGGCAACCCCAUCCCCUAGGCGCUCUACGCAAAGCAGCACCCAGAGCUGGUCUAUAUCACCAAUUGACCCAGGAUUGGGUGAAAGACUUGGUCAGUCUCAACCAGCAAUUGCGUUUGCUUCCCCGAGCGUUAAUGGUUCCGCCAUGAAAGCACGCGGACCCUUGUUUGCGACUCCGACCUCAAACUGGCAGCACGAUACUGCAAUACUUCGAAGGCUUUCUCGUCCAAUACACAAAGAUAGCGAACAAUUGUCCUCCAGAAAACGCAAGAACUGCGAGUCGGGGUUAAGCUGCACAAAGAGACAAUCAGCAGAUGACCUAGCUUUGCUUCGUCGAAGUCCACUGGGAGAAAUCAGUGACAUUAACCCGUGCAAAAGACCCACAUCAUGCAUUCUGGAUUCUGGGCAGGGGAACACUCGGUCCGUGCAGUGUGAAGUCUCCCCUGGAGGGACAAUAGGGGAUACGCCGGUAUUGACGACCAAGUGUCACGACGCACAUCCAGGAUGCAAGACACCUGUUUCUGCAUCCUGCGGCACACGGGAAUGUACCUUUGGAGUGGCCAAUGGCGGACAGAAAAGUCCUCAAGCCAGCAUGGCGGCGCCCCUAGCCAUGCUUCCUAGUGGCAAAGGACCCUUGCCAGAUGGCUGCACAUACUCUGGUAAACAAUGCAAGUUUGCUCAAAAAGUACUGCUGCUUGCGCCGUAUCUGGAUAGCACACAUCCAGAAUUGGCAAGCCUGCUGGGUGCUCACGGUCUUGGAACUUCCAUGAGUCUUCUCGAUGAGCGUCCAGCUACCGAGCAGACACUCUGUAUCAACAGCCGCACAGGCGACCAAGCUCGAGACAAAGUUCUGCUCGUCGACAGUCUGAACAAGGCAACCGAGACAGAAACCGUACUGAAAGAUUUGAUCAUCUCGAGAGAGAAGAUCCCUCACGGAGAACGAGAUAUGAUCUCUGUGUACGAUUGGAGGAUACUGCAGUAUAUGACAAUACUGGAGGACGAAACGAUUCGCAAGAAAUGCUAUGAUGGAUUCAAGGAUCCUUGGAGGCGUUGGUAUUGUGGAUCAGUCUAA